AUUUUGCGUGACAUGGAUAAUACACUGAAAUAUUUGUGCAUAAAUAUACUUUUACAAAAAAAAACUAUCAACACUGAAUAUUUGUCAUAGGAAAUCUUUAGUUACGGUCAUUUGUAGUUACUUUUUUCAACAGGCAUGCUUGUGGACAGCUACGCUCAGACUGGUCCUAUUCCACGUUGUCGCAUAGCAGGAAGCAGAAUGUGUUGACCGUCCUCCGGUCAAGUCAUCGGUGUGUUUAUCAGAAUUCAACACCUAUGGCGACUCGCUAACGUUGUAUUUUGUCACCUUUCCAGUUGGAUUGCAUACAUUUUAGAGUGGGGAAAACAUGUCGGUGAACCGCUGUUUGCAUUUAUUUUCUCGGCUUCGUCGCCAUCUUAACACUCGAACUGUUCGUAUGGCCAGAAGUAGUUGUCAUGGGUCUUCUAGUUCUAGCUCCGUUUUUUUGCAUAGAGAGCAGCCCCUGUGUGGCCCGGUCAGCAGCAGAAAUUCUUCAUCCUCCAGAACUCCGGACACGUCUCUUUUCAUCCCCGUCACGUUGAAGAAUGAGCCGUCUGCUGAAGGGAGUGUGGGAGCAGAGCUGACGCAGAAUCUGGAUAAAAGUGAACUUUUGAAGAUUGUCAACAGGUUUUACAAGAGGAAAGAAAUGCAAAAGCUGGCUGCGGAUAAUGGACUGGAUGCACGACUCUUCCACCAGGCUUUCAUCAACUUCAGGAAAUACAUCCUCGAGGUGGCGUCGCUACCCGCCGAUUUGCACAUCAUUCUCAGCGACAUUUGUUGUGGCGCAGGUCACAUCGAUGAUAUUUACCCAUACUUUAUGAGACACGCCAAGCAGGUCUUUCCCAUGCUUGAUUGUAUGGACGACCUGAGGAAGAUCUCCGACCUCAGAGUCCCUGCCAACUGGUACCCAGAGGCCCGUGCCAUUCAGAGAAAGGUCAUCUUCCAUGCCGGCCCCACCAACAGCGGCAAAACCUACCACGCCAUCCAGCGCUAUCUAGCUGCAAAGUCGGGAGUCUACUGCGGACCCCUCAAACUUCUCGCCCAUGAAAUUUUUGAGAAGAGCAACCAGGCUGGUGUGCCGUGUGAUUUAGUAACCGGCGAGGAGAGGACGUUUGUGAACACGGAUGGUCGAGUGUCCGGUCAUGUAGCCUGCACCAUUGAGAUGUGCAGCGUCACAACGCCAUAUGAAGUUGCUGUAAUCGAUGAAAUUCAAAUGAUCAGAGAUACUUCACGAGGCUGGGCCUGGACCAGAGCUCUGCUUGGUCUCUGCGCGGAAGAGAUUCACUUGUGUGGGGAAACUGCAGCCAUUAACUUUGUCAGGGAGUUGAUGUACACCACUGGAGAAGAGGUGGAGGUGCACACUUAUCAGCGUCUAACGCCCUUUUCUAUCCUGAAUAGCGCUGUGGAGUCGCUAGAUAACCUUAGAGCAGGGGACUGCAUUGUGUGCUUCAGCAAAAAUGACAUCUACUCCAUAAGCAGGCAGAUUGAAGCCAGAGGGCUGGAAUGUGCUGUCAUCUAUGGAAGUUUACCUCCAGGUACCAAACUCUCACAGGCCAAGAAGUUUAACGAUCCCGACGACCCCUGCAAAAUAUUGGUGGCGACAGACGCUAUUGGGAUGGGCUUGAAUUUGAGCAUAAAACGCAUCAUCUUCAACAGCUUGGUGAAGCCAAAUGUUAACGAGAAAGGGGAGAAGCAGAUGGACACCAUCAGCACUUCGCACGCUCUACAAAUCGCCGGGCGAGCCGGAAGGUUCUCUUCCAAGUUCAAAGAAGGACAGGUCACCACCAUGCACAGAGAUGAUCUUCCAGUCCUAAAGGAGAUUCUCAGUCACACUGUGGAGCCCAUUGAGACUGCUGGUCUUCAUCCCACCGCAGAGCAGAUUGAAAUGUUUGCUUAUCAUCUGCCUGAUGCGACUCUCUCUAACCUCGUUGACAUUUUUGUCAGCCUCUCCCAGGUGGACGGUCUCUAUUUCGUCUGCAACAUCGACGACUUCAAAUUCCUGGCUGACAUGAUUCAGCACAUCCCACUCAACCUGAGGUCACGCUACGUUUUCUGCACAGCUCCCAUCAACAAAAAGCAGCCUUUUGUGUGCACAUCUUUCUUAAAGUUCACCCGUCAGUUUAGCCGAGACGAGCCCUUGACUUUCGACUGGAUCUGUCGCCAUGUCAACUGGCCUCUGGCCCCGCCCAAAAACAUAAAAGACCUGGUUCAUCUGGAGGCCGUUCACGACGUGUUGGAUCUUUACCUAUGGUUAAGUUACCGUUUCAUGGACAUGUUUCCCGACACCGCCCUCGUCCGGGAAAUUCAACGAGAACUAGACGCCACCAUCCAGGAGGGCGUCCGAAACAUCACGCGUCUAAUUCGAGCUACGGACCUGGCCAUCACUAGCCCGCUCCAGACGCCGAAAAGCCACGUCGGCCGUUCGUCGGGUGUCGCUUCCACACGCUUUCUGCAGACCGCGGACAGCUCUUUAGCAGACCGCCUGGUGCGAGACGGACUCUUGACGUCAGAGAUGCUGCAGCAGCUGCAGAGGGAGUGGUCCAAAGGACAGGAGGAGUCCACAAAUCGUUUUGAGUUGAAUGUUAACACCAACAAAGACAAGAGAAAAAAGAGGAAAUGAACCAUCAAUGACAUCAUGUGGUCUGGACUGCUUGCAAUAUAUAUAUAUACAGUAUAUAUUUUUUUUGCUUUCCUCUACUUGAUAGAAAAAUAGUGAAUUAAAUGAUCAUGAAAAAAUGCAAUAUUUAGAAAAAUGUAUUAAAAGUAUUGUUUUCUAUGUAGAUACAGUAUGCUUUUCAUGGUCUGUUUGACCAGCAAGACAUUUCUUCCUAAUUUCAGUUUUCAGUUCAAGUUAAACAGAACACCUUUGUCAUGUGUACCCUAGUGGGGGGAAAAAAAGUUUAAUACCAUAAUUUUCGGACCAAAAGGCGCACCUCACUAUAGGCCGCAAUCCACCAAAUUUGACACGAAAACGGCAUCUUUUCAUAGAUAAACCGCAGCUGUUCUCAUUUUAUUAUGGAAUGUUUUCCCUCAAAAGAUAUUAACAGGUAACACUGUUUGACAGCGUCAUCAUAAGACUCAUUAGACCAAGAACCACCAUGAAGCUUUGAACCAGUUGUUUGCAAAGCUGAAGAAACUUCAUUUGGCUACCACUGCUCCCUUGGGGGAGACAGUCAGCCUCUGCUGCCACCUGCUGUCAACAUGGUUGUCAUCGAACAUGCCUCCUAGCAUACAUUGCAGCGCUAGAGAUGUAGAUAACAAUCGAAAUUCAUGUUCUGUGUUAAUUAUUCAGUUACUGUUCCAGUUGUUUCAUUAAGUGCUAGUUACGGUAUUUGGUAACACUUCAUUUGACAGUGGCGCAAUAAGACUGUCAUGUGCAUUAAUAAAUGCUUAUAACAGAUGUAUUUUGGUGUCAUCUGGCAAAUUAUCUCACUUUUGAAUGUAAAAGAUCUGAGCUGGACAUAAAUGGAGUUACUGACAUAACUUGCUGGAUGACACUGAAUGACAUCUGUCAUAAGAAUUCAGUAAUGGCCAUGAUUGUGUCAUAAUUAUAAGGGUCUUAUGACAGUCCUAUGACGCCGCUGUCAAAGUGUUACCUAUUAACCCAAAUAAAUCAACAUAUAAACCGCACUGGACUAUAAGCUGCAGGAUUCAAAAUGAGGGGAAAAAAGUAGCGGUUUAUAGUCUGAAAAUUACGGUAAUUUAUUUUAUUUUAUUUUUUUAAUUCUUUCUUCUGAUGCGUAAUCAUUCGCCCUCUAGACGUUACCCUUAAACCUGCAAAAUAAGUAGGUUAAGUCACUCAAUAUAAACAGGACGUGAUCCACGGGAUCGAAAGCAAAACAUUUCUCCAGAGAUUGGAUCUUGUAGUUCAGUAAUGACAUCUUGAAUUUUGCAACAUUCUCUGCGCAUAAACGAUGUCGGAAUGGCUCUGAGCUUAACAAAAAAAACAGUUGUUUUCCACUUUUCCUAAAAUUAAGUGCACUGGUCGCCCAUCCAUCAAUCUGACAGGUUUUGAGUAUGACCAGAACUGACAAUGUAUUUCUAAACUUGAUAUGUCCAACUGAUAAACAUUGUUUUUUGAGACACAGAUGUAUAAAGGUAGUGGUCUCUUAACUACGACCCGUGGGCCAACUGCGGCCCACAAAUCAUUUUUUUAUUGACUGGCAGCAAAUUAUGAAAAUACUGAAUACAGCCCACAUCAGAAGCUUUGAGUUCAGUUGAUAUUGUCGCGCUUCCCAGCUUCAACACUAGACAGUGCUAGUCACUUAAACUAAACAGUGCCUCUCCAUUAGCUCGGGGGAACACCGGACAACAUGCUGAAAUCAAUGUGGGAAACUAAAAUUUCUGUAUUAUGUUUUGCAAUAUCUUUAUACCUCUGGAUUAUUUUGCAGAUCUCUCGCACACCCCCAUACUGGAUGUAACCCCAGACCAUGAUUUUGCCACCACCAAACUUCACUGUUCUCUGAGUGAAUCUCAUCCAUGCGGGCUCCAGUAGGUCUCCUGCAAUAUUUGCGGCGACUGUAGAUAGAUCAAAAUUUUAGACCACCCUGCCCAUUGGUCUGUUUUAUUCCCUCAUACCAAGUGCAAGUCAACCUUCCACUGAGCAAACCAGUUGUUGCUCCCAUUAAAUUGAAGACUAGCAGUUAUAAAAAAUGGAUUAGAUUGAUUGAACAUGUUUAUUUCGAAUAUUCAAUACAUAGGUAUAAUAAGUGACCGUAAUCAAAAGAACUGAUUUUGAGUAUUCAAAAAGGAGUGAGAAGAAGUAACUUAUUUACUCCCACCCCUUGUCCUCAAGUUCUGACAUAUCAGUUCCAGUCCUUACAUUUAAACAUAUACAUUCUUAUCUAACACUAAUAAAUCAAGCCCAGAAAACAUAAAUAAAUAAACCGAAUAGGGUUGUCCCGAUCAUGUUUUUUUGCUCCGAUCCGAUCCCGAUCGUUUUAGUUUUGACUAUCUGCCGAUCCCGAUAUUUCCCGAUCCGAUUGCUUUUUUUUUGCUCCCGAUUCAAUUCCAAUCAUUCCCGAUAAUCUUCCCCGAUCAGAUACAUUUUGGCAAUGCAUUAAGAAAAAAUGAAUAAAACUCGGACGAAUAUAUACAUUCAACAUACAGUACAUAAGUACUGUAUUCGUUUAUUAUGACAAUAAAGCCUCAAGAUGGCAUUUACAUUAUUAACAUUCUUUCUGUGAGAGGGAUCCACGGAUAGAAAGACUUGUGACUUUGUAUAUUGUGACUAAAUAUUGCCAUCUAGUGUAUUUGUUGAGCUUUCAGUAAAUGAUACUGUAGCCAUUUAACUUCUGCCCAAAUGCAUGAUGGGAAGUGCAACCAUGACUGUGCGUAGUGGUACCAAUUGAUAUAUCUUCUCUGCGUUGGGAAAUAAAAUAGGGUGUUAAGAAAAAGAUCAACUACUACCUUUCUUCCCCACAUUGCUUUCCCCGAUAUGUCUAAUUGUUGAGACAGGGAUUGUAAGGCUUUAACCAUCUAAAAAAAAGCUUUAAAGGCUGCCAAAAUUCUCUCUACUCAUUUAACGUUGCCUUUUAAUUCUAUGUAUAUGUAAAACGGUGCCAUUAUAGAUUGAACGCGACAAUGUGUGAGUGGGUAGUGCAGCGCAUGAAUUAAUUGCGUUAAAUAUUUAAAAGUUAUUACCGCCGUUAACGCGAUACAUUUGAUAGCCCUAGUUUAAGCCAAAGACUAAAGACUCUAGAUUAGUGUAAGACAUUUUGUCGGUAACGUUAAAUACAAUUAGAAAACGAUUUUAUUUUAAAAAAAUAAUAAAAAAUUUUAAAAAGGAAUGUCCGAUAUUUUUUUGCCGAUACUUUGAAAAUGACGGGAUCGGACCUGAUCGAUGCCGAUCGAUCGGGACAUCUCUAAAACCGAAUAUCCCAUAUCACAAUGUGUGUUACAAUUACACAAGUUGUUAUCCAUAUCUGCCUCAUUUUUAUAUUUUUGAAAAUCAUAUCUUUAUAUAGUUUCUUAAAUUGACCCAUAUAUGUACAUUCUUUUAAGUCCACACUAAAUUUUUUUAGUAGUCCCACCCCAUAUACUGAUAAGCAAAAACUUUUCCUUGUCGUCCGAAAUCUGGGGUCUUUGAAGUCUCAAUAUUCCCAUAAAUUGUAACUUUUUUCAUAGUUAUAAAUAUUUGCUGAAUAUUCUGUGGUAAUAAUUUUUUUAUGGCUUUGAACAUUAUUUGUACUGUUUGGUAUUGAACGAUAUGAGGACACUUGAGCAAUUUUGACUUAAAAAAUACUGCGUUUGUAUGAUCCUGAUAACCUGCUUUGUGAAAGAUCCCUUUUCCGCAGUAUAUUUACUAAAUAUAGCGACGUUUUGUAAUUAUUGCUCAAAACCUCGGCACUGUAUUUAUUGCAAGAACGG